AUGAGCACGGACAAACAAGGCAAGCAGGUGCCGGAGUGCCCCGGGUCUCUGUCCCCACCCAAAGGCCAGAGACCCCCGAGGAUGCCCAAGUGCUCCCGCUGUCGGAACCACGGCUACGUGUCCCCCCUGAAGGGACACAAGCGCUUCUGCAACUGGAGGGACUGCCAGUGUCCCAAAUGUAAACUGAUAGCCGAGAGGCAGCGAGUCAUGGCGGCCCAGGUCGCCCUGAGGCGGCAGCAGGCUCAGGAAGAGGAGCUUGGGAUUUGUAGUCCGGUGGCUCUGUCCGGUCCCGAGGUGAUGGUGAAGAAUGAAGCUGCGGCAGACUGCUUGUUCUCCGUGGAGGGACGAACCCCUUCACCAACCCCUUCUCUUGCGCUCACAGGCGGCCGCUCAGCGUUGUCCCCCAGCCCGUCAGCCGGUGCCCGGGCUCCUCACGCCGAGGGAUCGUCAGACCUGCUGCUGGAGACGUCCUAUUACAACUUCUACCCGCCGUCGCGCUACCCCACCUACUACGGAAACCUCUACAACUACCAGCAAUACCAGGUGGAGGGUGAUAAUAUAAGGUGGCGUAGAGCUUCCAGACAGGAGAUGGUGCCAGAUAAGAAGACCCGGGGCCCUCUCAGGGAGAUGCCUCACGCCGACGGCCGCCUGUCCAGCCACAACGUGUCCUCUCAGUACCGCAUGCAUUCCUACUACCCAGCAGCCACCUACCUGACUCAAGGCCUGGGCUCCACCGCCUGUGUGCCGCCCCUCUUCAGCCUGGACGACAACAACAACAACAUCAACUGCUCUGAGGCCAUGGCAGCCUCCGCCUUCUCACCCAGCAGCACCACCGCCGGUCACGACUCCACCAUGACCUGCAGGUCCAUCAUGGUCAACUCGGACGUCAACAACGAGUGCGUCGGCGGAGGCGAGGCGCCGAACUUCGCCGUGGGCUCCAUCAUCGACGGCGACGGCACCAAAUGA